AGUCCAUCGAAACGACCGCCUUAUAGUUGACGCAGUAGGACAACAAGUCGGAAUACGAUUCCAGGAUUCGUGCGCUUGCGUACCGUCUUCUUCAACAACUAAAAUUACUAACUUUAGGAUAAGAGUCCCGUGUAUCGGUGCUUUAUAUCUGUCACACAAACAAACAAAGGAAGCUUCCGGAAGAGGGGCGUCUUCUGAACUUUGCAUUACUAGUAAGGAGUCGCUCAUAUGAGCUGGUGGCGGCAAUAAAUAUCCGUAGAGACUCUUGUACGCACCCACACUAAUUUACACACCGCCCUAAGUAUACCCGGCUUGAUCCGCAAAUGCAUCUGCUGUAAAAUUUCUUGAAAGUCACGUGAUAUUAACGUUGCUAAUCUACGUCAAUAACAGUUGUGAGUGUGGGCACUGAUAAGAGAUACGGCAGGAAGGAAUUUUUAUCAAUUGUUUGAAAGUCAAAAUGGGUGUCGACGUACAAACAUACCGUGCAAAAAUUGGUACAUUUAGACAUUCCUGUGGAGUGGAUGUUGUUACCAUUGUUUGCGUUACAAACUUUAGCCGCUGUUUAAGGACUGUGGGUUGUGUUCUUUUCAUUGGAAUUCUGUUGAUGAUGGCUGGGGUUGAGACAAAUCCAGGACCUAGGGACUCGGACCAAGCUAAAGAUUCAGAUGAAAUAAUACCAGAAAAUGAAGUUUUUCCAAAGGUCCAGACAAUCGCAGAAACAGACCGAGCCAAAUAUCUAGAUAAAAUGAUACCGGAAAAUGAAGAUAUUCCACAGAUCCAGACAAUCACAGAGAAAGACCAAGCAAAAGAUUCAGAUGAAAUUAUACCGGAGAGUGAAGUUUUUCCAAAGGUCAUGACAAUCACUGAAAAAG